AAAUCUGUUUUUUCAUAAAAUGUCGAUCAAGUUAACUAUAUAAAAACAAUUUGAAGGGCGUGUAUUUUUCAAAAAUAAUCUAGAAGUGAGAUGACCUCACUCAUACAUAACCACAAGGGAAAAGGUGCAAAUAGGCCCAUGUACUAAUCAAAAAAGGUCAAAUAAGCCUUUAUUUUGGUGGUUCUGUCCGGCCGUCGUCAUUUAGGAUGGUUCCCGAUGGAAUUUUUUGAUGAAUUUUUUUGAGCAUCUUAUUCAUUAAGUCUAGUUUACUCAUACCAAAUUUCAGCUAAAACUUCAAUCGGGAAGGCAUUCAAAUGAAUUCUUGAAAAUAACUGUGCAAUUAGAAGCGCAAUUAUCUUCAAGAAUUCAUUUGAAUGCCUUCUCGAUUGAAGUUUUAGCUGAAAUUUUGUAUGAAUAAACUUGACUUGAUGAAUAAGAUGCUAAAAAAAAUCAUCAAAAAAUUACACCAGAAAUCACCCCCAAUGACGACGGCCGGACAGAGCCUCCAAAAUAAGGGCUUAUUUGAUCUUUUUUGUUAGUACAUGAGCUUAUUUGCACCUUUUCCCUAACCACAAUAUUGUCGACUAAGGUAAUUGUCCAAGAAUGGAACAAAAUGGGUCUGGUCUCUAUUACACACUCAACCUGACUGACGCGCCAUCAAUGGAACAGGGUGACAACUGACGCGCCAUCUAAACCUUAUCAAAAAGUCCAACAGUUAUCCUUUCUUUUCCUCCAUCUCUUACGUUUCAACUUACAAAUAAGUAACGUAUUUAUUUUAUGCUGAAACUAAUCCCAUACUUUUCCUUCUCCCCACCUAAACUCACUUUCCCUUUCCCUGUAUCUUUCAUUCUCUCGUAAUCUGUUCAAAAAAAUGCACAGGCUCAUGUUGGAGGAGGAAACUCUAGGUACCAAUAGUUUCGCCGGCGAAAUGCGGACCUGUCCGGUGUUAUCGCCGGAGGCCUCAUCGUCCCCCAGCUUUAACUGCUAUUCCAAUAGCAGCUUAGCAGAUAUCGCCGCGAGAGUCGUCGAAGAAUUCCGAGCUGAUAAAGAGACUGAUUCCGAAUUUCUGGACGACUUUUUCUGCGAUCUGGAAGAUCAUCGUUUAGAUCCGGAGGAUCACGAGGAGGACAGAGAUGAGCCAGAUGAAGGAGAUUUCGAAUUCGCUUUUGUCCCGGGAGCCGGGGAUGCGGGGUUCUCUCUCAUCUCGGCCGAUCAAAUCUUCUACAACGGACAGAUCCGGCCGGUGUAUCCAAUUUUCAACCAGAAUCUGCUCUCAGGCGAUAUGAAAUUGAGCAAUGGAACCUCUAAAUCGUCGCCGGUUCGCCUGCCGUUACGAAAACUGCUAGAAAAUGAACGUGAUAAUCUAUCAUCGGAAGACGAUGAGCUCGACGGAAUUCCGGCGGGAACCUACUGUGUCUGGCGGCCGAAGGAGGAAGCAUUACUAGACAGGUGCGCGAAAAGCAACUCUACGGGCGCGUCGAAGCGCUGGAGAAUUCGAGACCUCCUCCACCGGAGCCACAGCGACGGCAAGGAGAAAUUCGUCUUUCUGGCUCUUUCCUUCAAGAAAGGGGAUUAUAAAAACAAAGGAGAUAAACAGGUUGUAACCGAGAGUCCCCCACACGCCGGAAAGCCGGUCGGAGUUACAAAAUGCAUAAAACAGAGGAAAUAAACGGCGCUCUGAUCUGCCGUACCGACCUGUUUUGGUGCUAACGAGAAAGACGGAUGGAACCUUCUAGACGGGAUGCAAAAAUAUGAUUACGCCGUUAACUUUAACGUCGAUUAUUGUUAUGAGAAGCUAAUUGGACGGAGAAAGCGUUGUGUAUACAUAGAUAGAUGCGGAUGUGACAGUGUGGUAAAAGGCGCGUGAGCCGGUAGGACGAUCAAGUCUAUAGUUUUUAUUUGGAAACAUCUAAGACCCCGUUUGGUAGCACCAAAAUCGGCUGUUUUGGCUGAUUCUGCUGAAAUUUAUGAUAUUCUGGCUGGAGUGGCUGUUUUGGCUGAUUCUGCUGAUUUAAAAAAAAAAUAUUUUAAAAAUAUAUUUUAUUAAUAAAUUAAAGAAAAAAUUAUAUGUAAAAAUAGCUAAAAUGGUCCUCUACAGUAACUUCAGCCAAUACAGCCAGAAAAGUAACUUCAACCUUACUUUUUCGGCUUAUUACACAAUUCAGCGCGCGAAAGUAAAAGUUACGUGUUUGGUGAAAAAGCUGGCUGAUAAGCCUGAUAAGCCGAAAAUAGAGUUCUCCAAACGGGCUCUAAGUCUAUAGUUUGAAAGCGAAAAAAAAUUGUGUAUUGCAAGAUGCAAUUAAAAUUGUACGGUUUGCGGUAGAAAAAUGAGUUACA